CAUUUUCCAUUUCUUCACACAGAGCGAAAGAGAAACACCGAGAGAGAGAGAGAGAGAGAGAGAAUCAGAAGAAAGAGAAAGAGAGUGAUAGAAAUGGCUUCGGGGUUUAGGGGAAAGAGAAAGGAGGAGGAGGAGUACGCAUCGGAAGGCGAGCUUGAAGGCCAAGCGCCCCCUAAGAAGAGAACCUUCAACUCCAACUCCAACUCCAACUCCAAGAAGGACUCUGACGAUGACUCUGCUGACAACAUCGUCGUUUGCGAGAUAUCGAGGAAUAGGAGAGUGACGGUGAGGACUUGGCAAGGCAAGGUUGUUGUGGACAUUCGUGAGUAUUACAACAAAGAUGGCAAGCAACUCCCUGGCAAAAAAGGAAUCUCACUUACCAUGGAUCAGUGGAAUGUACUCCGAGAUCAUGUUGAAGAAAUUGACAAGGCUGUUAAUGAGAGUUCUUAGGGGGGUUUUGUUGAUAUUAGGAGAAAAUGUUAGCCUGUAGGGUUCUUUUGUUUUUGGCGACCAGAAACUUUGGAUGAAGUAUUGAUGUUUUGUGCUUGCCCGGGGAUGAUAACUUGGAUUGUGGUUGCCAACUUUAUGGUUGGAUGUAAUGGAAGUGAACCUUUGACUGAUGUAUGUAAUUACUUAAUCAACUAUUUCAAUGAAUAGUUUAUCUAUGUUUUAUGGUUGAA